AGACUUAGUUGGGAUUGAAGCUCACAUGGAAAAGAUGAUGUCUUUGUUAUGCCUAGAAUGUGAUGAAGUGAGAAUGGUAGGGGUUUUGGGUCCUGCGGGUAUUGGUAAGACGACCAUCGUUAGAGCCUUAUAUGAAACACUUUGUAGUAACUUCACUCAUACUGCAUUUAUGGUGAGUAUAAAAGGAGUCUAUACAGUACAGAACCGCGACAACUUUGCACUCAUGUUGCAAUUACAAGAACAACUUUUAUCUCAAACCUUAAAUCAAAAGGAUUUGAAGAUACGUCACUUAGGUGUGGCACGGGAAAGGUUGAAAGAUAAGAAAGUGCUUGUCGUUCUUGAUGAUGUUGAUCGGUUAGUACAGUUAGAUGCUAUGGCGAAAGAACCUAAAUGGUUUGGUAAUGGAAGUCGGAUUAUCAUAACAACACAAGACCACAAUCUCUUAAAGGCACAUGGUAUCAAUCAUAUUUACAAGGUUGAUUAUCCUAUUGAUGAAGAGGCGCUUCAAAUCUUCUGCUUGAAUGCUUUUGGGCAAAAGUCCAUUAGAGAAGGUUUCGAGGAGCUUGCAUGGGAAGUUACAAAACUUUCCGGGAAACUCCCCUUGGGAUUAAGUGUAAUGGGCUCUUAUUUCCGGGGAAUGUCCAAGCAAGAGUGGAUCGAUGCACUACCAAGGUUAAGAACUAGGCUUCACCAAGAUAUUAAGAGUAUUUUAAGGUUCAGUUAUGACGCCUUAUGCGAUGAAGAUAAAGAUUUAUUUCUUUAUAUAGCUUGCUUUUUCAGCCAUAAAAGUAUUCAGACACUUGAAGAUUAUCUUGCGGAUACGUUCUUGGACUUGAGUCAAGGGCUUAAAAUAUUAGCUGAAAAGUCUCUCAUAUCUCGGGAAUGUGGAUUUAUAAAGAUGCCUAGUCUGUUAGUACAACUAGGUAGAGAAAUUGUUCGUAACCAAUCUGUUCAAGAACCUGGACAACGCCAAUUUUUGGUUGAUGCUAGAGAGAUCUGUGAAGUACUCACCAAGGAAACGGGUAGUAAAAGUAUUGUAGGUAUGGAUCUCGACUUAUCUGAAAUCAACGGUGAUUUUGAUAUUAGCGAAAAAUGCUUCGAAAGAAUGUGGAAUCUCCAAUUCUUAAGAUUCCAUGGAAAAGUUGAAGAUUAUAAUGGUUGUAGAUUGCAACACUCUCAACAAAGUCUGAAUUAUCUAUCUCCAAAGCUUCGGUUACUACAUUGGGAAUAUUUUCCAAUGAAAUGUUUGCCUUCUAGUUUCAAUACAUCGUUCCUUGUCGAGCUAAACAUGCGUUACAGCAAGCUUAAGAAGCUGUGGGAAGGAGUCCAACCUCUUCAAAAUCUCAAGUGGGUGGAUUUGAGUUAUUCCAAAAACCUGAAGAAGCUUCCUGAUCUCUCAAGUGCCACGAAUCUCCUGAGUUUAGAUAUCAGUCACUGCUCAAGGUUGAUAGAGCUACCAUAUUCAAUUGGAAAUGCAAUCAAUCUAUUGAUUUUGAAUAUCGAACAUUGCACAAGCCUGCUGACUAUCCCCAACUCUAUCGAAAAUAUCCCUAAUCUCAAAAUAUUUCUUGUUGAAUGCUCAAGUCUAGUGCAACUCCCUUCUUGCAUUUGGAAUAUCACUAGUCUCAACACAUUUAAUCUGGACAAUUUCUCUAGUUCUUACCAGGACCCUUUGAUGUGGAAUGCCAAGAAUUUCCAAGAUUUGGAUCUCAGUGGGUGCUCAAGUCUAAGGAGGCUCCCUUCUUUAGUUAAUGCCACUAAUCUCCAGGACCGAAAGCCUAAUUUCAUAGAGCGAAACCCAUAUCUUUAUAGAUACUUAUCUUCAGUGGGGCUCUCCUCCUCUAUAGUUGAUGCCACUAAUCUCCAUGAGCAAAAGGGAACAUCUUCAGUGGGAUUCUCUUCCUCUAUUGGAAAUGUCACUAAUCUCAAGAAACUAAAUCUCAGCAACUGCUCAAGUCUUGUGGAGGUCACAUCCUCGAUCGAGGAUGCCACUAAUCUCCAAGAAUUGAAUCUCAGUGGAUGCUCAAGUCUAAAAACGCUCCCCUAUUCUAUUAGUCGUUUAAAAGAGCUUUGGAGAUUGGAUCUCAGUGGAUGCUCAAGUUUGAUGGAGCUCAUCUGCUCGAUUAAGGAUGCCACUAAUCUCGACGACUUGAAUGUCAUUGGAUGCGCAGGUCUGAUGGAGUACCCCUCUUAUUCUGUGGGAGAUGUCAUUUAUUUCCGGGAAUUGGUGAAAAGUGUCAAAAGAAGAAACAAAAAGGUCAAAGAAAAUUCAACUCGUUCUCCUCCUCCUCCUCCUCCUCUAGUGGGAAGGCCCAAGUCUCAUAGAUUUCAGAGAUCGAAAGAGUGCUCAAAGCUCGACGUGGAAUCUCUUUAUUAUUAAUCGGAAAUAAUGUAUCUUGAAAUCUUCAAAAUAGUUAUCUUUUCUA